AGGGAUGGCUUGAAGAUGCAAGGGAGGUCAUUGAAAUUGAAAUGCCAGAUAUUGAAGAACAGGUGCAGAAUGUUUCAUACUUGUCACGUGGUAACCUUGGAAGACGUGUUCGUCAAAAGAUUCAACAUGUGAGGGAAAUUUACGAUCAAGGUAGUUUUCCUGAAGAUCUUGUAAUUGAAAGGUCUCCACCUAUUGGAAUCACUUUGCCAACAGAGAAUAUGGUGGGCGAGGUUAAUGUGAAGGAAAAAAUUUGGGAAUACAUUAUGAGUCACGAGGUUGGAAUUAUUGGAGUUUGUGGAAUCGGUGGAGUUGGCAAAACCACUGUUAUGAAACACAUCCAUAAUCAAUUACUGAUACUAGAUAGGGCUAUUAGGUUUGAGAAGGUUGUCUGGCUUACAGUAUCAUAUCCUCUUAAUGUUUUCAGAUUGCAAGAUGACAUUGCCAGGGCAAUGAAAAUAAGUCUUUCAGAUUGUGGGGAUGAAUUGAAUCGGGCAUCAAGACUGAUGAUGGCUAUGAAAAAUGUUAAAUAUGCACUGAUCUUAGAUGAUGUGUGGGAUCUAUUUACUCUUCAAAGAAUUGGAAUCCCAAAACCAACAAUGGAAAAUGGGUGUAAAAUUGUUAUUACUAGCAGAUCGAUUGCUGUAUGCAACUACUUGAGAUGUCAGGUAGUUAAAGUACCACCUCUAUCGGAGCAAGAGUCUUUGAACUUGUUUUUAGAUAAGGUUGGGAGAGAUGUUCUACGAAUUCCCAAUUUGGAAGAGAUUUUAAAGCUUAUAGUGGCUGAAUGUGCUGGUUUGCCAUUGGCCAUUGUCGUCAUUGCGGGGUGCAUGAGAGGAGUACAAGAUAUUUAUGAGUGGAGAAAUGCAUUACGUGAAUUGUGUCACUGCGCGGUGGGCAUAGAGAAAGAUUCAGAAGACGAGAUAUUUAAACGUUUGAAAUUCAGUUAUGACCGUCUACCAAAUUCAAGCAUCCAAGAGUGUUUCUUAUAUUGCUCGUUGCAUCCGGAAGAUUGGAAGAUUAGAAGAAAAGACCUAAUUGAAGACUGGAUUUGUGAGGGAAUUGUUGAAAAAUUAGGAAGCAGAAGAGAAAUGCAUGAUAAAGGAAAUGCUAUUUUAAAUAGGCUUUUAAACUGUUGUUUGUUAGAGGAAGCCUAUGAUAAGGCGUGUGUUAAGAUGCAUGAUGUUGUGAGGGACAUGGCAUUGCGCAUCAAGAGCACAGGUCCUGCCAGGUUUAUGGUAAAAGCUGGACUGAGAUUGAUAAAGAUACCGAAUGAGGAUGAAUGGAAUGCAGAUCUAAACAAGGUCUCCCUCAUGAAAAAUGAAAUAUCAUAUAUCCCUCAAAAUAUGUCCCCCAAAUGCUUGAUGCUCUCAACCUUGAUUUUGGAGGGCAAUAACAAAUUGAGACAAAUUUCAGAGUGUUUUUUUGCUAACAUGCCCCUGCUGAAGUUUCUUGAUCUUUCUAGAACUGGCAUUGAGGUUCUACCUAAUUCCAUAUGUAAUUUGGAAUAUCUCACUGCAUUGAUCCUCUGUGGAUGUGAGGGUUUAAAGCGCAUGCCUUCCUUGUCAAAGCUUAAAGCACUGAAGAAGUUGGAUUUGGAUGGAGCAGGCCUUCGUGAGGCUCCUGAAGGCAUUGAAAUGUUAGAAAAACUAGAAUAUCUUGAUUUAUCUUGUCCCAAUCUGAGGAUGCUACCAAGAGGAAAAAUCAGUAACCUCUUCCACCUCCAAUACCUACGUAAACAUCGGAUUUUUCCAAGUGAAAUAAAGGGAGAAGAAGUAGCAGGUUUGAAGAUGCUGGAAUUGUUUGAAGGCGGAUUUGAUAGGCUAGAAGACUUCAGCAAUUUUGUUAGCAAGUUGAACCACUUUGGAAGACCCAGUCAUUACUUUAUGAAAAUGGAAGGAGAAACAGGCACUGAGAGAGAUUCUUUAAAAUUCCAAGCAGUUCGAUUCUGGAUUAGUUGGGAUUCAACAUGGAACUGGAUGUCGGGAAAUUAAUGCCAAAAAAUAGAGUGAGACACACAGACGAAGAUAAGGAGGGGUAUUUUGGGAAGUUCCACAAUAAUGAUCUUCCUAAACAAGUAAUUUUAUUCAGAUGCGUGAUAGGAGAAGAAGAUGAGUUUGUCCUUCCAGAUGACCUUCAGGAUUUGAGGAUUUUAUCCUGCAAUGCGGUUGGUAAUAUUUCUAUUUUUCAGAAAGAUUUUACUCAAUUGCGAACAUGUGCUUUGGAAAACUGCCGAGGGAUAGUGUGCGUGGUCUCUUUGUCAUCAUUUCAUCUACUUGACAGUUAUGAAUAGCCUUAAAGUACUAACACUUGUGGUUUUGCCUAGCUUGCGGAAUGUUGUGAAAGUGGAAAAAACAAGAGCAUUGCUUGCACCAACAAUAUCCCCUCACAUCUGUUCCAAUCUUAAACAGCUGAGGGUAUGCGAUUGUUCAAAAUUACUACAUUCUUAUUUUAUUGAAUAAAAAAAAUUAGGUUAA